GUGUCCAUGUUCACUUGGGAGCGUAUCUGUGUGAAAGGUUGUAGCGCGACGUCAUCACGUGACCGCCGACCUUCCUUCGCGUGCCCGUCUCCCUCGGAUCGUCCCGCAGCAGGUUUGACACCGUUGCCACAUCAUGGCGUUCUUCACUCACCACGUCUGCCGGGGUUUGUCGUCUUCGGCCGUCAGACACGUUGCUAUUAAACACCUCACGGUCAUCGGAGGCGGACAGAUGGGCGCAGGCAUCGCACAGGUUGCCGCGUCAACUGGACACUCUGUGACGCUUGUGGACACAAAUGGCGAAAUCCUUAAAAAGGCUGUCAAAGGAAUUGAGGGCAACCUCAAAAGAGUGGCCAAGAAGAAGUUUUCUGAUAAGCCAGAGUCGGGUGAAGAGUUCAUCCAGAAAGCCCUGCAGAACGUGUCGACCUCGACAGAUGCUGCGUCCGUAGUUCAGGGCUCGGAUCUUGUGGUGGAGGCAAUUGUGGAAAAUCUGAAAAUCAAGCAGGAUAUCUUCAGUGGGCUCGACAAGCUGGCACCGGCACACACCAUCUUUGCCAGCAACACCUCCUCCCUGUCCAUCACGGACAUCGCCAGCUCCACCAGCAGGCUGGAUCGCUUCGCCGGCCUUCACUUCUUCAACCCAGUCCCCGUGAUGAAGCUCGUAGAGGUGAUUGGAACCUCGGCGACAAGCCAAGAGACUCUCGAUAGUCUCCUGAACUUCAGCAAAAUCCUGGGAAAGACGCCAGUGUCCUGCAAGGACACGCCGGGAUUCAUCGUCAACCGCCUACUGCUUCCCUACAUCAUAGAGGCCGUCCGGAUGUAUGAGAGAGGCCAUGGAUCCAAAGAGGACAUUGAUAUUGCCAUGAAGCUUGGUUGUGGUUACCCAAUGGGACCCCUGGAGCUGGCGGACUAUGUAGGACUCGACACGAUGAAGUUCAUCAUGGAUUAUUGGUCUGCAGCAAACCCUGAGAACCCAUCGUUUGCCCAGAGUGAAUCUCUCAACAAGUUGGUUGCAGAAGGCAAAUUCGGUAAAAAGACGGGAGAAGGAUUCUACAAGUACAAGUGAUUUCCUCACUUCACCGAAACUAGUCGGAACUUUGGAAAUGGGGAAAAAAGUGCCUCCUAUAAUAAAUGCCGACUUUAGUCUGUCAGUCCGCUGAAUUAUUUUUGUGUGUGUGAAGAGAUUAAAUCUGAUCAAAAAUCCA